AUGACAAACUUAGAAAACAUCUGCGGUAAAUUUAACUCCUCAAUAGAGAAUAUGAAACUUAUAGUUUGCAAUGAACUUCAAAGUAUAGAUACAACAAAAGUUUUGAACUCAGAUGCUUUGAAGAGUCUUAUAACAGACAAAGUUGGAGUUGUUGAAAGAAAGUAUAAAGACCAAAGAGUUUGUGAAAAUGUUGCAAACUUCAUUAUGGUUUCAAACAAUGCUGUUCCGAUGAAGUUAGAAAGUUCUGACAGAAGAUAUGUAGUUGUCAGAACGUCAGAAGCUCAUAUGCAAGAUACAGAAUAUUUUGACGACUUAGCAGAAACUUUGACAUCUGACUUUUACAACCACUUGUUCUCAUAUUUUAUGACAUUAGAUAUUUCUAAGUUCAAUCCAAGACAAAUUCCACAUACCGAAGAGAGACAAACAUUGUUAGAAGCAAACAAGAGUGUAUAUGAACUGUUCAUAGAUGAAACUGACUUUGUGUCAUUAGAUGAAAGGUCAUUGUACGAUUCGUAUAAACAAUAUUGUCAAGAAUAUGGUUAUAUGACAGCUUCUAAACGUACAUUCUUGGCAAAUGUCAAAAGUCUUUUAGACGUACAGAAUGGUGUAUAUACAAAGAAAAAUUUUUCUGAGUAA